AUGUCGGGUCACACUGGGAAAUUCCUCAAAUCCAUUUACUAUAUGAGCUUUCUCCUGAUUGUAACACAGUCGUCUUUCCAGAUUGCGUUUCACUACGUUCCUCCUCAAGAUUACCUCUGGGAAGAAAUCCUAAAUCACUUUGGAAUUUUAAGGCUCAGCCAGGUGGAUCCAUGGAACAUCAUACGUCUCUUGGCUUCGGACUUGGGCAUGUUCUUCUCUGGUUAUUUUAUCCGGAGAGCCUGUAAGAAAAUGGUAAAAGUAGAUGCCCCAAAAAUCAAUCGCGUUACUAGCCAAAAGGAAGAGGAGGAGGAUGGGGAGGAGUCUGAGACAGAGUCUGAAACAGAGGAGAGUGAGGAAGAGACAGAGUUUUCUACAGAUGAUGAGAUUCUAGACAAGGAUGUUAAUGACCCCCGAGCUAAGCUGAUGGAGAAAAUCACAGUAUUUAUUUCAGGAAUGAAGCUGUUGUUUGAAGCUCUCUUUACAACGGCUGGCAAGAUUGUUGUCACCAUACUCCUGGGUACCUCAGGUAUAACUCUGCCCUCAGUAACCUCAGCUGUCUAUUUCUUCACCUUCCUGUGGCUGUGUUCAUGGUGGGCUUGCAAUCGAAGUGUGAGCCUUAUUCUGUUCAGCAGCCUCUGUGUAAUGGCUGCCAUAUUUAGUGCGGGUCACCUGACUGCCAUUUACCUCUACCAGCUGCCCUAUUUCCAAGUACUGAUACCUCCACAAGAUAUAUAUGCCAGGCUUUUUGGGAUGACUGCUAUUAUUAGAACCAAUGAAACAGCAACUUGGGUCAUCAAGCUUCAUGAUGGUCUGAACUGGCCAGUGUUCCUGAACCCAUUUGUCCUACUGAUCAUGUAUUACCUCCUCAUCAUGUUGCUGCAACAGUGGGCAAAUAUUCCAAUGGUACGGAAUGGAAAGAUUUGUGAGUUGGAGGAUCCUGCAGUUACUGAAAAGAAUAAAUCCUCAAUGGAGACUCAGCAGUUGGAUGGGAUGCUCUGGAUGGCAAAUGCUGAAAUGAUACAACCUGUUUAUUUGUCCCAUAAUGGCUGGCAGGAGCUGCCUCUCUUGCAGUGUGAGCUUCCACAGAGCCAGACUGAUUACUCAGUGCCAGUUUAUCCUGAGGAUGCAGACAGCCCUAUUGGGUCAGAGCACAAAAAUCCCUCUGAAGAAGUUCCUGAGGAAGAAAAGAAGUCUGGUGGGAUGGCAGUACUGGGCCAGUUCAUUAUGAAGCAAAGCUAUGUCAGUGCACUAAUUGUCAUGAUGGUGUGGAGCAUCACACACAACAGCUGGCUGACAUUUGUUCUUUUGAUCUGGUCAUGUGUCAUCUGGAUGAUGCGCGAUCGCAGGCGUUACGCAAUGCUUAGUGCCCCCUUCCUGGCUGCCUAUGCUAAUAUCUUAGUGGUCCAGAAUUUUUUUGUGGGGCUUAACAUCUCUCAAGAGGAAUUAUUCCCAGGAGUUCCUACUGCAGUUCUCAUUGACUUUGAUCUUAAACCGUAUUCUGUUCCCUGUGUGCAUCUCGGAGCUAAGAUCCUCUAUGCGCUCACAUUCUGGAUAUUAUUAAGGCAGAAUCUAAAGGAACGGCAGGAGCAGCUGGAACAAUUAAAAGAACCGCUGAAAGAAGUUACUGUUGGGGACAGCGAAAUGGAACAGCCCCAGAACUUUGUUGUGGAAAUGUUGGGUUCUAUGGUGAGAGGGGCAUUGGUUAAGUACUGGAUUUACUUCUGUGGUGUCAUGUUUUUUGUCGUCAGUUUCAGAGGCAAAGUUGUAGUCUACAAGAUCCUCUACAUCGUGCUCUUCCUCUUCUGUGUGGCUUUGUAUAAGAUUCAUUAUGAGUGGUGGAGAAGAAUACUGAAGUACUUCUGGAUCACAGUUGUCACAUAUUCAAUGGUUGUCCUUAUUGCAGUCUAUGUCUAUCAGUUUAAGACCAUUUCUGGAUUUUUCCUUCAGAUUCUUGGGAUGUCAGAAGAAGGGUUAAAGGACAUUGGUUUGGAGCAGUACAGCACAGUUGAACUAUUUGCAGGGAUUUUGCUCCCUUCCACAUUUUUGCUGGCCUGCAUCUUACAGCUAUAUUACUUUCAUGAAGACUUUUUGAAACUCACUGACCUCAACAACAUCCCAAUCAACCAAGGAGGUGUCUCUGACAGUAAAAAGAAGAUAGAAGGUCGUGUCCUUAUUGUGGCAAACAUGCUAAAAGACAAUAUCAACAACCUACAGAAAAAAUUAGAUGCUGAUAACCCACAAAAUGCAAGUCAGAGCACAUUAGACAAGGUGGAUAACAUCACUCUGGAUGAAAACCCUGUGCAGGACAGUAAGGGAAAUGCAGACACAAAAACGAAUCAGUGGAUUCUGGUGAUUGAGAAGAUUACGUCCUUGUUUCUGGCGUUGUUGGAAUUUAUCCAUGGCACCCAGGUUCUAAUAUGGAGACUGCUUGAACUGCACAUCAUUAAGAUCGUGUCCACUAUCAUUAUCUGGAUUACAGUUCAGGAGGUUUCACUGAUGAACUGCCUAUUUUACAUGCCGUGGGUGUUUGCUUUGCCAUACUCGCACCUGCGCCCCUAUGCCUCCAGCAUCUCCACUGUCUGGUCCUGUUUCAUGGUCAUCUGUAAAAUGUUGUAUCAGCUAAAGUUUAUCAAGCCGCUGGAAUAUUCCUCCAACUGCACAGAGGGCCUGUAUCGCAAUGGAAGCCUCUACAGUCCCGUCUCAGAAGAGCUGCUGCAGAAAUCUAUUUUAUAUGUGUCCCCAGUAGACCCUGCCUUAUGGUGUGGUGCCCUUCGUAAGUGCGAGGAUAGUGUUUUACCCUGCCUCAAGAAUCAUCUUACCAUCCUGGCAAUAAUGGCUAUUGAGUCCACUGUGUAUCGGCACCAACUCUACUACCGAGUUCACAACCAACUCACUACGCCUAUCACUGGGACCAUUUUUGAUGGCAUCACCCGGAACCACCUUGAUGAUGGGCUUCUUCCAUGCAUUAAAUACUUUGUAAAUUAUUUCUUUUACAAGUUUGGUCUAGAGGUAUGUUUUGUCAUCUCAGUGAAUGUCAUUGGACAAAGAAUGGAUUUUUAUGCAGCAUUUCAAGCUUGUUGGCUUAUGUAUUUACUGUACUUACGUCGAAGAAAGACUAUUGCAGAAGCCUGGCCAAGAUUUUGCUGUUUCUUGGCCUGUAUGAUGACUUUCCAGUACCUAUUGUGCAUCGGCAUUCCCCCAGCUUUCUGCAUAGAUUACCCAUGGAGGACCUCUUCAAUGGCUGCCAACUCUAAUCUUAUUAAAUGGCUGUAUCUUCCUGACUUUGCAAGGAGGCCUGACCCACGUUUCCUGCUCUAUGACUUUCUGCUCCUGCUUUUCGCAUCCCUACAGUCGCAGGUGUUUGAGGAUGAGAACAGGACCUGUAUCAGGAUGCUGGCUGGGGAUAACAUAGAAAUCAGCAGAAACCUGGAUCCAGGAGAUCUCAGCCAGUACAGCCCAGUGCCUAAUUUCAUCCAUUGCUGCUCGUACCUGGACAUGGCUAAAGUGGUGGUGUUCAGCUUCCACUUCUGGUUCGUUUUGUGUCUUAUCUUUAUCACAGGGACGACUCGCAUUAAUAUCCUGUGUAUGGGCUACCUAAUGGCCUGCUUCCACUUCAUGUUGUUUGGUGGAAGCCUUUUGCUAAAGCCGGUGAAGCAUAUGCUGAAAUUGUGGGACUAUCUCAUUUCAUACACAGCUUUUGUGAUAGCCAUGAAGAAUAUUUUGUCGAUUGGGGCAUGUGCUUACCUUGAUAAACUCAUGAAAAAUAACUGCUGGCUUAUACAGACCUUCAGUAUGUUCUGUACUAUUAAAGGAUAUGACCUGUCUAUCCAUUCUGAUGAGAAAUGUGAACUGCCAGAAAAUGAAGCAGGGAUUGUAUGGGAUGCCAUCUGUUUUACCUUCCUUCUGAUUCAGCGUCGUAUCUUCACCAGCUAUUACUUUCUUUACGUUGUGGCAGAUCAGAAGGCUUCCAAACUCUUAGCUUCCAGGGGAGCUGAAUUAUUUGAGGAAAAAAUAAAAAAGGUGGUGGCUGUACGCCUGGAAGAAGAGAAGAAAUGUGCGCAGGCCAUGAAGAAACAAAUGGAGCAGAUCAAGUCCAAACAGAAGUCAACCGAGAAAGUAAAAGGAAGAGAGGAGAGUGUAAGCGCAGAAGACACAUCUGAGUUAUCUCCCAAAGAUAAAGAUGAUGGAGACAAGAAGGAGAAAGAUGGAAAAAAGAAAUGGUGGCAACCGUGGGUAACACACACAACAAUGAUUCGCAGUGGCAGCUAUAGCCUCUUUGAUACUGACAGUGAAGAUGAGGAGGAAGAGGCAGGAGAGGAGAAGCGAGAGGAAGAGCCACCUAAGAAGAAGACAGCUUUCCAGUUGGCAUAUGAAGCAUGGACAACAAGUUCCAAAUCUGCCCUAAAACUCAGGGAGAACGAUGAGAUAACAAUGAGAGAGCAAAUACGUAAGGAGUUGGAGAAGCAGCAAACAGAAGGAAGUCAAGAGGAAACCCCAGAAGAGAAAACAGAAAGUGAAAGCAAAGAGGAAAAGGCUGAUGGUCCAGACAACAUUAUCCAGAGAAUUAUCAACAUUGUCAAGUUUACUUGGGUCUUUAUCCAAGCUCUAGCGGAUGACACAAUCGAGUCGUUGAACUCUUUCUGCAAGGAUAGUGUUGAUAUUGCAACAGUACUGAGGAUUGAGAGGUGCAUGUUGAGGAGAAACCUGGACAAGGGAAAGGAAGCAUCACAGGAGUGCAUUACUGAAUACUACAAAGCAAAGCAGCUAUCCAGGACCCAGACUUUAUCGAGCGAGGAGAAUGAGAAGCCAGGCGAACUUACAAAACAGAUAACUCCAAGAAAGACUUUGGAGAUUUUUAAGAUUCACAGUAUGGAGUCCCAACAAUCUCAGGACAGCUUUGUUUCAAGCUGUGCCACUGAAGACUUGAUACUCUCUUGUGAAGACCUCCUUGCGCCUUUAGAAAAUGAGAGAAUCAGAAGGCCCCCAGGUCGUAUGCAAGCGUUUGAUGUUUCCUCUGCAGAAAGUGAGGAUUCAAGUCCUGAGCUAGAUGAAGAUGAGAAGGUUGAAAAAGAUGAGGAGGAAGAAGACUAUGAUGGGGAUGCAGAACUGACUGAGCAAACAACGACUAAUAUCCCACCAUCCUACAGCACGGUCAUCUGUAGAGAAGAAUUGCAGACGUCUGAGACUGAGGAGCUGUCUGGGAGCAGCAGACCAUUGGCUGAGGUCCCGAGCUUGUUAACAGCCAGUGAGCUCCUCCUCAAUAAUAUGUACUAUGAUGAAGAACUGGAUCAGUCGGAAAAAUUCUACCAGAGCCUGCCCCGCCCAUUGCGUCUGUCUUUCGCCCUCUAUAACACCAUCGUUUCCAAGUCCGAAAUGCUUUGCUAUUUUGUUAUCAUCCUCAACCACAUGGUAUCUGCGUCCAUCCUUUCUUUAAUUCUUCCUAUUCUCAUCUUCCUGUGGGCCAUGCUUUCGGUACCGAGACCAACAAAGCGUUUCUGGAUGGCUGCUAUCAUUUACACAGAGAUUACUGUGGUCAUCAAGUAUUCGUUUCAGUUUGGCUUCUUUCCUUGGACAUCUACAAUCUACCGCAGCAUGAAUGCUGACAAGCCCUUCCAGCUGCCCAAUAUCAUUGGCAUUGAAAAGAAAGAUGGCUAUGUACAUUUUGACCUUAUUCAGCUUCUUGCUCUGUUCUUGCACAGAUCAAUACUUAAAUGUCAUGGACUGUGGGACAACAAAGAGGUGUGCUUGCCAGAGUCAAAGAAGAAAAAAAAGAACAAGAAACAGAGAAAGCGUGGGAGCAGAGAGGAAGAAGAUACAGAUACUGGGCUGGUGCCGUGGAAAAUCAUCAAAAAUCAGAACCUUCCUAAAAAUGUGUUCAGGAAACGCAGAACAUCACAGAAGCCUGUUGAGAAAGGUCACCCACACAAGAAAGAAACCAAGAAGAAGUGGAACUGGUUUCGACGGAAUCCCAAGAAGAAACGUCAGCCAAUAAAAGAGAAGUUAAAACAACAGUGGAUCAAAGCCAAAAAACUGGCAGUGAAAGUUGCUCUUCAAAUUUACCUGCCCAUCAGACAGUUCUUUUACGACAUCAUACAUCCAGAGUACAGUCCAGUUUGUGAUGUUUACGCCAUAAUGUUUCUGGUGGAUGUUAUCAAUUUCAUAAUUGUCAUUUUUGGAUACUGGGCAUUUGGAAAACAUUCAGCAGCUGCAGAUAUCACAGAAUCGCUAUCUGAAGACCAAGUUCCUGAGGCGUUCCUUGUUAUGCUACUCCUGCAGUUUGCCACCAUGAUUGUGGAUCGAGCGAUCUACCUUCGGAAGACCAUGUUUGGAAAGUGUGUCUUUCAAGUAGUACUUGUCUUUGGAAUUCAUUUCUGGAUGUUUUUCAUCCUUCCUGGUGUCACAGAGAGGAGGUUUAAUACAAACCAGGUAGCCCAGCUCUGGUAUUUUGUAAAGUGUGUCUACUUUGGACUUUCUGCCUAUCAGAUUAAGUGUGGCUACCCCAACAGAGUCUUGGGAAAUUUCCUCACCAAGAGUUACAACUGCAUCAAUCUUUUUCUGUUUCAAGGAUUCCGUAUGGUCCCAUUCCUUACAGAGAUGAGAGCAGUCAUGGACUGGGUUUGGACAGAUACAACUCUCAGCUUAUCAAGCUGGAUCUGUGUGGAGGACUUAUACGCCAAUAUCUUCAUUAUGAAAUGCUAUAGAGAGUCUGAGAAGAAAUACCCAGAACCACCUGGGCAAAAGAAGAAAAAGAUUGUGAAGUACGGGAUGGGUGGGGUGAUUAUAUUUGCCUUGAUUUGCAUCAUCUGGUUUCCACUCCUCUUCAUGUCAUUGGUUAAAUCAGUUGCUGGAGUGACCAAUCAGCCAUUGGAUGUCUCCAUUCAGAUCAGCAUUAGUGGCUAUGAGCCCCUGUUCACUAUGAGCGCUCAGCAGCAGAAUCUUGUCCCGUUCUCACAAGCAGCCUAUGAAGAAAUGACUUAUAGAUAUGCUCUCCAUCCUUCUACAAUGCAGUUCUUAGAGAAUUACAUGCCUGAGGAUAUCGUCAUUGCAAAGAUAAAGAGUAACGCCAGCCUCCUGUGGACCAUAAGCCCAGCAAGUCGAGAGGCAAUGAUAUCCGAGCUGUCUGAGUCAGCCCAGAUAUACUUUGAUAUUCACUGGAGCAUACUCAGGAAUGCAUCUAUCGUUAAAAGUGCAGAGAGUACUGGAAAACACACUGUCUGCUAUGAGGAUGCAGAAAUCAAAGAGCAGAUCGUUCAGAUGCUGACGGGGGAAAGGACAAAGCCUAUAAUGUUGCCAAACAUCCUGCCGAAACAUCUCAGAGCAAAUUCUGGUCCAGAAGCAAAAAUUGCACAUCGGCUGCAGACAGCCCAUUCAGAUAAGCCAGAGGAUGUGCAGAAAUACGCAUUUUUCCGAAACCUCACCUUAAAAUUGCAGCAGAUAGUAAUAAAUUCCACAUCCGAUCAAGUAACCGAAUGGUGGACAAUUCAGGAAUGGAAUCCGGCUUGUGGCCCAGCUGGAUGUAACAAGAAUAUUGAGCUUGUUAUAUUUAAUGACAAGGCUAGCCCUCAAAGUCUGGGAUUCCUUGCUGGAUACGGCAUUGUGGGCCUCUACAUGUCAGUAGUUCUGGUUAUUGGCAAAUUUAUUAGAGAAUUCUUCAAUGGCAUAUCCCGAUCCAUCAUGUUUGAGGAGUUACCCAAUGUGGACCGAAUCCUGAAGCUCUGCACAGAUAUCUUCCUGGUCAGAGAAACUGGAGACUUGGACCUGGAGGAACAAUUGUUUGCCAAACUUAUAUUCCUUUACAGGUCUCCAGAAACUAUGAUCAAGUGGACAAGGGAAAAAGAGGAGAAAUGACACCGCCAUAGAAAAUAGGAGCUUUGUGGGACAACUCACUUUGAAAUUGGACUUGUGUUACAGAACCAGCCAAAAAAAAUUGUUCAAAGCAGGUUCUGGGUUGUCGAAAAGGAAGACAAUAUUGAAAACUAAAAUAGCAGGACUUGUCUAAGAAGGAGCCCAGCUAAAUUUGAGGUUAUGAUGAGCAAGUUUUUUUGUAAUCCUUUUGGAGA